AUGCGCGGAACUCUUCCAUUUGAUAUGCUCGAGCUACACAAGCGUUACGGUGAUAUUGUUCGUAUUGCCCCAGACGAACUUGCCUUCUCACACCCUGAUGCCUGGAAAGAUAUCAUGGGGCACAAGAAGGGGGAGCAAGAGCUAGGCAAAGCAGCGUGGUUUUAUCAACCCGUCGAAGAGCUGCCCAGACACGUCGUCAACGAGGAGAGAGAAGAGCAUGGCCGACUCCGCCGGCAGAUGGCCCAUGGAUUCUCUGAAAAAUCAAUGCGAUCGCAGGAGCCUCUGAUACGGAGUUAUGUGGAUCUUUUCCUUCAGAGACUCUCCGAAAUUUCUCAAGAUGGAAGCGCGGUCAUAAUCUCGGAUUGGUACAAUUAUACCACUUUUGAUAUCAUUGGAGACUUGGCUUUUGGUGAGCCGUUUGGCUGCCUGGAAGGCUCAAAUUACGAUACUUGGAUCAAAAGUAUCUUUCAAUCAGGACAGUUGGGUACAAUCCUGCAAACACUGUCAUUUUAUCCCUCAAUCAAGAAAGCUUUGCUAUCGUUGGUCCCGAAAUCGAUGCGUGAUGCUCAGGAACAGCAUAAAACCCUCACAAAGGCUAAGAUGCUACGAAGAAUGGAACGAACGGAAGAGAGGGACGAUUUAAUUGAAGGGCUGCUGAAAAAGAAGAACGAACUGAAUCUGACUGUUGAGAAAUUAAUUGCAAAUGCUGAAAUUCUCAUCAUCGGUGGAUCGGAAACGACAGCAUCUUUGCUGAGCGGAGUGACUUAUCUACUUCUCACAAACCAGGAUGCAUACCAAAAAUUGAAAAAGGAAGUCAGAACUUCUUUCCAAUCUCAGAAGGAUAUCAAUUUGAUAUCAGUCGGCCGGCUGCCAUAUCUUCAGGCGUGUCUGGAGGAAGGAUUACGCAUGUAUCCUCCUAUCGCGAAUGGGUUACCGCGAGUUUGCCCUCCUGGCGGAGCAACAAUCCUAGGGAAUUAUAUCCCAGAAAAUACGUAUGUUUCGAUCCAUCAAUGGGCACUCUAUCGACGCGAUAACUAUUUCAAGGAUGCAAAUAAAUAUCACCCCGAACGAUUUAUGGGAGACACAAACUUUAAGGAUGAUAGACGUGAAGUGCUGCAGCCUUUCCAUAUUGGGCCCAGGAACUGCUUAGGCCGAAAUCUUGCAUACAGUGAAAUGCGUUUGAUUCUUGCACUGAUUAUUUUCAAUUUUAAUCUUCGGAUCUCCGAGGAUUGCCAUGACUGGAUUCAGCAGAAGAACUUCCUCAUGUGGCAGAAACACCCUCUCAGGGUCUACUUGCAGCCUGUAGUAUAA